GGUCCCCACGCUGGGUCGAGCGCACAGGAAAUAACGCUACAAAGCUCGACGAGACCCUUUUCUCAGCCGUAUUAAUUUCCCGGGCCUGCAGCUCUGGGAUCUUUUCUCUCUGGCUGGAGCCAAAACUAAGGCGUGGAAGCGAGCGACGAUGUUCGGGCUGGGAUUUGCUGUCUCGGAGGGCUGUCUUGCGCGUUCCUGGACAGCGCGGAAGACUUCUGCCUAGGGGAGGACGGCAGCAAAGCAACCAAACAGUGAGAAAAGCGAGCCAGCCUUUUCUGGUUUACGGUAGCGGCAGCAAUAACCUGCUCCUUCACGCCUCAGUCUUUUAGGGAGGCAGCCAGGCGGACAGCCUUAUACGACGGCGGCCAAGAAGGACCAUUUUCUGCGCUGAACGUGACAGAGAGCGCGUGGCCAGCCCGUCGGUUUUUUGCGCAUGGUCCCAGGAGGCGCGAAUCUUUGUCCCGGUGCUCGAGCCAUGUCCGUCAGCGAGAUGUUUAUCUCCUUACAGGGGGUGCUCACCGCCGACCAGGAUAUCCGAGAGGAAAUUAGGAAAGUUGUUCAGGGUCUGGAGCAAACUGCCCGGGAAAUUUUGACUGUGCUUCAAGGAGUCCACCAGGGUUCUGGAUUUCAAGACAUACCAAAGAAAUGUCAGAAGGCUCGAGAACACUUUAAUACUGUUAUACAUCUGGCUUCUCUGAAAACAAAGUUUCCUGCAGAUCAAUAUUACAGAUUUCAUGAACAUUGGAGGUUUGUGCUCCAACGAUUGGUGUUCUUAGCAGCAUUUGUUGUCUAUCUGGAAACAGAAACCUUGGUGACACGGGAAGCUGUUACUGAAAUUCUUGGAAUUGAAGCUGAUAGAGAAAAAGGCUUUCAUCUGGACAUUGAGGAUUAUCUUUCUGGAGUAUUGACUCUUGCAAGUGAGCUGUCUAGGUUAGCCGUGAACAGUGUGACAUCUGGGGACUAUUCUCGGCCACUUCGCAUCUCUGUUUUCAUCAAUGAGCUGGAUUCAGGAUUCCGCCUGCUCAAUUUGAAAAAUGAUUCCCUGAGGAAACGCUACGAUGGCCUCAAGUAUGACGUCAAGAAAAUAGAAGAGGUGGUUUACGACUUGUCAAUCAGAGGACUCAGCAAAACAGCAACCGGAGGUGCUGGUGAGGAGAAAUAGAAAAGGCCUCACUGAACUGGAUUCAUGAUCACCUCAGUAAUGUGGCCAAUGAAAGAGAAGCUUUAACUGAGCUCUCUAGCAGUAAUGUAGAACAACCACAAGCUGCAAACUGUUUUCCUCCAUCUGAAUGCUUAGUAUACAUCUGACUUGAAAACCGUUCUGUAAAUCCCCCAUUAGUAGACUGUGUUUGCAGUAUAAGUUACUGAUAUAAACUGUAUUUGUGAAUUAUGACCUUUAUUGUCUAAUUGUUCUGCAGUCCCAAACAUGGUAAUCCUUUGUUAUUGUAUCUUAGUAUCAGGCUGAGCUGAUUCUUUCUGGACCUCUCCAUAAUUCACAUUUAGUACAACGAAUGCUCAUUUUAAAAGGAGCACUUGUGUAAAUAUGUUUAUCAUUAGAAUAAAACCAGAAUGCUUCAUUUCCUAUUCUUGUUAGAUUGUGAGAUUUCAGAUGUAAUGUAGUCGGUUGAAUAAGUAAACACGUUAGGAAUUUAUUUCUAAAUGAUCAUUAUAUAGUACAGAGAGUCUGUAUUCUGAAAUAAGCGGAUUCUUAAACUUUGAAAAGAACUGUAAACCAUUCAUAAUACAUUUAUAUGCAUAUUCUUAGUCUAUAUAUCCAGUUUUUCUUUUUUUAAAAAAGUUGAGAACAUGAAAAUGUGUUUGUGGUUUAGUGAAGGGCAAAGGGGGGGAUAUGCAAUUACAUUACUUAGAAUCUGCACUUGAGUCAGAUAGUGAUCCAUUCAAUUUAAAAUAAAGUUCUAAGUAGAUAUUUAGCAAAUAGUGUAGAGAACAAUGUCAGCUAAAUCCUAAUUACCUGAAUACAGGUUGUUUUCAUUCAACUCAUUUCCAGCAAACAUAAGAUCACAGCCUUAGAACAGUAAGAUGCAGAUGUUAAGCAAACUGACUUUUUAUGGCCACUUAUGGUUUCCUCUCCUAUGUUAAUAUUUGAUUGUCAUCUUCCCUAUCAUUCAGGCAAAAACUACAUACUGUUUCUGAAAUGUAUAACGACAUGUUUAUGUUUGACCAUUUUGCAUACACAAUGUUUUAUCUCAUUCUUUUUCCAUUAUUCAUGUUUUUUUUGAGAGUUUAUUUUCCAAAGAAUAAAAAUAUAUACUUUAUAAUUCG